UACUUUGGCCCAUAAAACAUAAAGAAAAUGGUAUGCGCAUUGCUCUUGUGGCUCACUGGCAAAGAAACAAAAUAAAUAAAAAUGGUGCGUUCUUUCAACUACCAAGUAAACUAAUCAGAUUUACCACUUGGCUUACAAAUUGCAAUGACUAUGCACACUACCCUUGGGCACCAGUUUCGUGAUGCAGCUCCAAUCCACAUGAUGCAAAACAAUUCUUCCAUCCAACUCUUGCUGCUCAAUCUAGCACUGCUUCUCCCCAUCACCAGCUCAGCCGCUAUUGCAACCCUCGGCUGCCCCAACUGCGGUAAGAUGCAUGUGCCUUUCCCACUCAGUACAUCACCCAACUGCGGUCAUCCAUCGUACAAGGUCCGGUGCACCAAAGGUACAUUAUGGUUGGAUACCUUGAACAGUUCAGCCUACAUUAUAACUUCCAUAGCUCCACAGAUUCAGCAACUUAUUAUCAGUCCUCCAAGCUUCAAUGGAAGUACCUGCAUCAGCUCUGAUUUUCAUGCUGGAGGACUAUGGCUCGACGAAAAGCUCCCUUUUAACAUCAGCAGCGAUAACACUGUUCUGAAACUGAACUGUAAACCUCUUGCUUUUAUUUCAGCCAUGAACUGUUCAUCUACCAGUAUCUGUUUCAGGUAUAUGAAAGAAAAGCAAGAUGUAGCAGCAAGAUGUAAGGAUACCCGUAUAUGUUGCUCUUUUACAGGUGGGGGGUCUCAAAAUGAUCAUAACAUAAAGUUAACAUCAGAGAAAUGUGCUGUAUACACAAGCUUCGUGGGUUUGCCAUUGGAUACUCUGCUGCCAGUAAGUAAAUGGACACAGCCUGGAAUAGCAAUUCAGUGGGUGCUGCCUCCGGAACCAGUCUGCUCGUCUAAUUUGGACUGCAAGAAGUUGCCAAAGUCGUCGUGUUUGCCUGAUGUUGCAACUAGACAGAAGAGGUGUCUGUGCAAUACACGGUAUCAAUGGGAUCCCAUUGAUGGAAUGUGUUCUAAGCCGAAGUGUGUAACUAAGAAAUGUCGCAGAGAAAGAAAACGAAAACAGAUGAUGAAAGGCUUAUCAUACACAGGAGGUACAAUAGCAAUUCUAGGAUCCUUCAUUGUCCUAGUAUACAUACAGCUUCAGAGAAUCAAGCAAAAAGCACGGGAUCAGUUAGUUAGAGAACGUAAACAGAUCUUAAAUGUAAACAAUACAAGUGGGAGAUCAGCUAAGCUGUUCUCAGCAAAGGAGAUAAAAGUAGCAACGAGCAAUUUCCUUGAAGAAAAUCUCCUUGGUACCGGGGGAUUUGGUGAGGUGUACAAGGGAAAGUUACAUGAUGGAAUUCUAAUAGCAGUAAAAAGGGCUAAAUUUGGUAACACAAAAGGUGAUGAUCAAGUGCUUAAUGAAGUAAGAAUUCUAUGCCAAGUGAACCACAGGAGUUUGGUUAGGCUACUUGGGUGUUGUGUUGAGCUUGAGGAGCCAGUUCUUGUAUAUGAAUACAUCUCCAACGGAACACUAUAUGAUCGACUACAUGGCUCUUCUUCUUCUUCUUCUUCAAGUGAUAAUAUUGAAUCACCCCUGAGUUGGAAACAAAGAUUGGCAAUGGCCCGUCAGUUAGCUGAAGGCCUUGCUUAUCUCCAUUUCUCUGCUGUUCCUCCUAUUAUACACCGAGAUAUCAAAACAAGUAACAUCUUACUCGAUGACAACCUUAAUAUCAAGAUCUCAGAUUUUGGCCUGUCAAGGAUAGUGGAUGUGGAGGCAACACAUAUGACUACUUGUGCUCAAGGGACAUUGGGGUAUCUUGAUCCUCAGUAUUAUCGUGAUAUGCAACUGACAGACAAAAGCGAUGUUUAUAGCUUUGGUGUUGUUCUGCUAGAGCUACUUACAACACGGAAAGCUAUUGAUUUUACUAGAGAGGUUGAAGGUGUAAGCCUUUCUUCCUACAUGAGGAAAAUGGUAAAUAAACACAAGUUGUUGGAUGCUGUUGAUCCCUUCCUUAAGAAAGGAGCUACUAAAUUGGAGCUGGAAACUAUGAAAUUAAUAGGAAUUCUGGCGAUUUCGUGUUUGGAUGAUCAGAGGCAAAAUCGUCCUUCUAUAAGAGAUGUUACAGAGGAGAUUGAGUACAUGCUACACAUCAUUGACGAAAAGAGUCCUAAAUCAUAGAACACUUACAGCAUAUCUUAGCAUCAUGUUUGGCUAAAGCUAAACAAAUUUGUUCAGUUUUCUAGAAAUAAUGCAUAUAUUGGAUCAUAUCUCAGUGGCAUAAAUAACAGAAAUUCUUACUAAUACUCUAACUUAGAGCUUCAUCUAAUUUCUGUAUCGCGUUUUUUGGA